CCAGUUUCUGCAAAGUUCUAUAUAACUUCCGGUCGUUGACGUCCCACACCGGUAGGCGUCCCUUCCUCCUGACACGUAGCAGCACCAACUGAGCUGGCAGCUCCUUGAGUAGAUUGUCAAACUCCGAGGUGAGAGAUGUCUGGGUUUGACAACUUCAACACGGACUUCUACCAGUCGAGCUACAGUGUAGAUGACCAGAACCAGGCUGGCUAUGGAUGCAACAAUGAAAAUCAAUAUAAUAAGCAAUAUGGUCAAUAUGACUACUCCCAGCAAAUGGGUUACCCCACUCCAGGUAUGAUGCAGCCCCAGCAGCCAUACACGGGACAAAUCUUCCAGCCCACGCAAACCUACACCCCGUCCUCAUCACAAUCCAUGUACAGCAGCAGUUUUGAUGACGAGCCGCCACUACUGGAAGAAUUAGGAAUCAACUUCGACCACAUCUGGCAGAAGACUCUGACAGUCCUCCAUCCUCUAAAGGUGGCAGAUGGCAGUAUUAUGAACGAGACGGACCUGGCUGGCCCCAUGGUCUUCUGCUUGGCCUUCGGUGCAACGCUCCUUUUGGCCGGUAAGAUCCAGUUUGGCUACGUGUACGGCAUCAGUGCAAUUGGCUGCCUGGGCAUGUACUGCCUACUCAACCUCAUGAGCAUGACGGGCGUGUCGUUCGGCUGCGUGGCCAGCGUGUUGGGAUACUGCCUCCUCCCCAUGAUUGUCCUGUCCAGCUUCGGAGUCCUCUUCUCAUUACAGGGCCUGAUGGGAAUCAUCCUCACGGCAGCCAUCAUCAGCUGGUGCAGCCUAUCGGCGUCGAAGAUCUUCAUCUCCGCGCUGGCAAUGGACGGGCAGCAGCUGCUGGUCGCCUACCCAUGCGCGCUACUCUAUGGCGUCUUUGCGCUCAUCUCCGUCUUCUAGAGAGCCCCUUUCAUCCAGAUUCCAAUGGGACGAUCUGCAGGCUGGAGUGUAGCCCCCCCCCCCCCCCCCCCCCACACACACACACAACCCCUACGUUCCCUCCUCCUCCCCCACUCAUUUCUUCUUUCUCCUUGUGAUGGAGCCAAUGAGAACACUGCAGAAGAGUAAAAGUCCAUUUGAGGACCUCCCUCUAUUUGAACAGGACUGAUAUCAGCAGAAGGCUAAAAUUGGAGCCAGCAGGAGGCGCCACACGUCACCGUUUUGUAGUUGUCAUGUGCAUCCACGGACACUUCACUUCCAUGCAGGACAUCAGCCUCACUCUCCGCUUCUUCACACAGAGUGUGGAAGAGGCUCGCUUGGAAUUCAUUUGUCGGGAUGCCUUUUGCCAAGACAAAAAUACACUGCACAAUUUUAAGAAGUGCAAACAUUUAACUCCAUGACGACUCAAUUGAUAUCCACGGACAUGCGUAUGAAAGAUCUAAUUUGUAUCCUUUGGUUCCUCGAUGUUUAUUUUAGGAUGCACAGUUUUGUAUGCUUUGACGUUCCACGUGUCAUUAUUGUCAAAGUGGUCUUUAAAGGUGUACAAUCAUGCACAUAUGGCGUAACGUUAAUAAAACAAAGAUUGAUAAAAGUGA